AUGGAGUGCCCAGGGACCCCGCGGCCGUCGGACGACGACGUCCAAGACAUCAUUGACAAGCGAGGACUCGUCUUUGGGCUCGGCGGAAGCACUAAUCGUCAACCUCCACCAUCACCCAACAGCCCCGCUCGCCCUGUACCCGCGGCCGACCGAACCUACCGGUCGUUGUUCCAGCAACCGGCGAUCGAGGUCCAGCCCGCGUACGCCGAGAACGACUGGUACGACUUUCUGUUUCUCCCGGCCAAGUUGCUCGCGCAUACGAAAGCUCUCAAAGCGAACCCAACGUUGACACCCACGGCGCACGACGUGCUGACGGAGCUCCUCCGCAAGGCCAAGCCUGCCGGGGUCGACGAGCCGACGAAAGCGCGGGACCACACGUUGCAGUGUCUCGCGGCGCUGGUGGUGCUCCAGCUCGAGUUCACCCUCGAAGACAUCGAAGCCGUGGUACCGACGAACCUGCAGAAAGCGCUGGUGGACGGCCUGGUCAAGUACGCGAGCGACCCCCGCAAAGGCGGGUUGAACUUGCACGAUGUCGCGCAGAUCGCCAUCGACGACGCCAUGCUCUUGAGGAACCGAUGGCAGCUCCGCGUCGCGAUCAAGAAGAUGCACACGAGCGCAUUGACCGUGGCCAACAAGCUUCCAUUGAGCGACAACGCCAAGCCGCCGCCGGACGAAGUCGAACAGCUCGCGUCCAUCUCCGGCCUUGUUCCAUUAGACCAGCUCUUGGACGACAUCCAGGCGUCACUAGCGCUCGAGUCGACGGCGGCCGCGUCGCUUCGCCGCGCGCUGCAGAUGGACUUGGGCGUGUUUUACUUUCACCGCCGCCAGUUUGACGAGGCCGUCGCAUGCUUCGAGCCAUUGACGGCGGGGUCCGUGGACAAGACACUGCUCGGGUAUAUACGCGCGUGUGAGUCGGUGGUCGGCGCGCCAAAGCCGCCGCCAUCGACGGCGGACGCCGCGGUGCUCACGUGGAGCGACCAUCAUGAAUGGGCAAAGCUCUUACCAGCACUGGAACAAGACAACCUCCGCCGCCUGACGCCACCUCAAGGGAAUAAUACUACUGUGCUAAGUCCUCGCGUUCGAAGUCAGUUGGAGUACAAGAUCAAGAAGUUUUUGGCAGAGGAACACCAGCAGCCAACACAGGGCAGGACCAUCCACGCAAACGAAGACGAGGCGGUAGUCGCAUGUCGAAAGCUACGCCUUCUCAAUGCCAUCUACCAACAUAUAUUGCUACCAUUGGAGGACAUGUCGACACCAACCACGGACCCAUCGCGUCCACAUCAACUGCCUCGGAGAUCAGUUCCGUCGAUCCUGUCGAUGGGCAUCUGCGCCCUCCGCCGCCUUCUCGUGACCGCCGACGAUGUUGGCUACCUCCACGCCCAUGUCGGCUGCUUUAAAGAAGGGAUGCAUGCCGACGCAGUAGCUCAGCGCAUCCGCUGCGAUAUUCCACUGCGGGCGCCCGUGGGGCUGUCGGGGGGUACCCUUCGCCAGCAGCGCCAGUACACUCCACAACCCCCGAUCCAAGGUCUUGACAGGUACAAGGUCGUGCAGACGUUGUUGUAUCAAGAGAAAUGGACCGAUUUGAAAACCAAACUGUGGGACACUACGAUUCAAAUCGAUUCGAAUACGUCAGACGAGAUCGUACCUACAGCAUCAUUAUCACCACCCCAACCACAUCCCCCCCAUGGACUCGACGUGGCAGCUGCCGUCGGAGCCCUCAUGGAAGCAAUCUGUGGCCUGCCGCCGCCAUCGGCAUCUGGCGCAUCUCCCGAGCUUGGGUUUCCCAUCAAAUCCGUACUGACGCUGCUCGAGGCCGUGAUCAAGCAGGUCGUCAAGUCCAUCGACGGUGUGCUCGACUGGCUGCCAGUGUCGGCCCUCCAUGUCGUGAUUUCGCUCACGGCGGGGCUGCUGCAGCGUAUGUACGCGCUCAACUUGUGUGAAUACCGCAUCUCGUACGACUUGACGCCGUAUGGGGACUUGGCCAUUUUGACGGCAUUUGCUCCGUCGGCUACCGAUUUGCCAUGCGGAGAUCCGGCGCAAUCGGUUAAAGUGCCCCAGGCGGACGUUGUCCACGUCCAUCUGACAUGUCUGCAUGCGCUCCUCGCCAGAUGUCCUCGAGACCCGCGAUGGCACUGCGCACAAGCCGACAUCUCGGUCAACCCGAUCGUGCUCCAGAAACUGUCGUCAGCUGCAGAUUUCAAAGCGGCGGUGCGAAGUUACUUGGUCGCAGCGUCCUUGGCCACCAACUUUUUUGCCGAUCCUGAAUUUGCAAACGUAAUCGAUCACGGUUCCCUCGUUCGACUGUCGUACUGCCUGGUCAAGUUGGGGGCACAUGUGGCGGCGGCCGUGCUAUACCAGACCUUUCCCGGUGACGAAAUUGCGUAUGGGUUGCGCAUCUUGCAUCUGUCACCGGGGCAGCAUGAUCCCGCCUUCUUCCAGUACAUUUGGGAGCUGUCGUACUUGGAAACAUUGGUGCACUUGCAUGCCAACACAAAGCACAAGAACGCAAGGAACGUGGAUAUUUUGACCCAACUGAUCCAGUGCCCCGAACUCAAUGCGUCCAACCCAGUCCCGAGCAAGAAAGACAUGGAGCAGCGCAUCCUCCGCAGUUACUUUCGCGAGUUGUGUCGGCUGUACCUUGUCCCUGAGCGCGUGCAUUACGCAUAGUUAUCCCCACACGAAAUAAAUACCAAGUAUUAUUCCUGUA